CCACGCCUUUCCUGCCGAAAACCGGAAGUACUUGUUCAGUUGCUUCCGGCGCAUAGCGGCAGUUACAGAAUGCUAACCGCGCUAACUGGACUGCGUUUGACAUACAAACGUAAACUGUAACAUCGAGAAAAACACCGACCGGUGACUGCUGGCGGUAAUCUGCGCCACACCGGGAUUUAUUUACAUGUUAACGGGAGACGAGCGAACAUGGCGCCGCCAGCUGAUGCUAAUGCUAACGCUAACGUGGAGCAGAAGGUUCUGCAGUACGAAGCGUUUCUAGACGAGGUUCUGAGGAGAGACCUGCAGAAGGUGAUGGAACAGAGGGACCAGGUCUAUGAGAAGAUCUCUCAGUACCUGCAGCUGAAGAACACCAUCCAGAGUCUGCAGGUAAACACGGAGGCGGGCUCUCAGCAGCUGAAGACAGACGUUGAUCUCGGCUGUAACUUCUAUGUUCAGGCUGAAAUCGAGGACUCGUCCAGGAUCCUGGUGUCGGUGGGUUUUGGGUUCUUCGUGGAGAUGACUCAUGAUGAAGCGCUGCGAUUCGUGGAGAAGAAGACCAAUCAGCUGACGGCCUUCACGGAGCAGCUGACCAAAGACUCGGCUAAAAUCAAAGCCCACAUCCGGAUGGUUCUGGAGGGUCUGCGGGGGCUGCAGGGGCUAACUGAUCUGCCAGAGGCCAGAAGAAGAGACAUUUUCUAGACUUCCUCAGGUCUGCUGAUGGAUCCUGCAGGACCCCCAGUCACUUCAGCUGGAGGAGGACGAGCUCUUCAUCACAGAGGACAAAGACAAAUGUCUCCUCAGAGGAAGAUAAAAGAAGCAGAAGCAGACAAAUCUGAAUCUGAACGGACAUUUCAGACUCGCCGUGACGUUACUCCCUGACGACGUAGCGACUCCCUGACGACGUAGCGACUCCCUGACGACGUAGCGACUCCCUGACGACGUAGCGACUCCCUGACAACGCCAUCAGCUCUGCUGCUGAGAAUCAGAAUAACGUGACAGGAAGUGGAAAUAAGAUGUUGUUUGAAUAAAAUAAAAGGUGGACAACAAA